AGCUCGGCUCGGGAGUGGAUGAUGUCAACAUCAUACUACCGUGUAAAACGUCAAGGCUCAUCGACUUUACCUUUUUCUCUUCUGCCAGCAGAGAAUAGUUUAUAUUCGAAUGAAUCUAAUUGAUACUUCCUAAAGAUGUCGUCACUACGUGUUUUCGCUCGGUCUCCCAGAGCCCUCCUUGGCCUGUCGCGCCCACUGAGCACAACCACUACUCGUUUCGCAAACCUCAACGAUAGAGGUAAUGAUACAGCGGAGAUACACCGCGAGAUACAGAAGAAGAAGCCGUUGAAUCCUCAUAUGACAAACACCACUUCAACAAUCGCCAAUGAGUUCCCAAAUGUCGGUAAAGACAAGCCUCCGCCAGAGAUGAUCACCUCGGUUGAUCCCAAUUACACACCGAAAGACUCCGUACCUGAGAACACCGAACGUAUGACUGGCGGCACCCAGAAAUCAGCACCAGAUGCGGGUCCCAAUAAGGAUCUCGAUGUCGGUGAAAUCGAGGGUGGCUCGUUCAAAGUCGAGCCGCUGAGGAGAACUGGAGAAGACGUGAACACUACGCGUGCAAGGUUAUUAUAUCAGAGCCGGAAACGGGGAACUCUCGAAAGUGAUCUGCUCCUUUCUACCUUCGCUGAUGCAAACCUCGAAUCCAUGAAUGCUACGCAACUCGAGCAAUACGAUCUAUUCCUCGAUGAAAAUGAUUGGGACAUAUACUACUGGGCCACGCAAGAACCAACACCUACGUCGAUGGAUUACGCGGAAGGGGCUGGCGCUGAUAUGGCCAAUCCGAACGUCCAAGGCCAGAACCCACAAGGCAAAGCUCCGAUCGAGACUGCAGAGUGGAAGCGACCACCUGUACAGGGAGAGUGGGCGCAGACAGUUGGCGCGUUCAAGCCAGCGUACAGACCGGUGCCUAGGAGGUGGAAAAACUCAGAAAUUCUGUCAUUGCUGAGGAAGCAUGUCAAGGAUCGUAGUGCAGGAGGUGUACAUCAUGAAGAGUCAGGCAUAAAUGAAAAGGACCUGGGACAACGUACUGAAGCGACAGGUGGGGGUGGACUAGGGAGAAUGCCUGAUAUUAAACCUUUUAACUAAGGCCGUAUUAGUGCACUGUAUUCAAUCCCAGCAUAUAUUGCUUCUAGGUAGGUUGUGUGAGCCCUCCACUGUACAUAUGAAGACUUCAGCUACUGUGCUUAAUGAGAGACUAUAAUCUGCUCUAGACAGUGACUUCAGCCGUUCAAAUUCGAUU